AUGUCAGAUGUUCGACUUUCAAAUGGGAGCCCGACGUUGGAAAGGACGGAUGCUCGGUUGUCGGAUCACCCCAAACCGUCAGCCUGCAGAAACCUUUUCGGCUCGCCGGAUCGCGAAGAGUUAAGGCGGGAUUUAAAGGGACAUUUGCAAGAGAUGGAAGAGGCGGCCUCAGCGAAAUGGAACUUCGAUUUUCCAAGUCACACACCUCUAUCGAACGGGAGAUUAAAAUGGGAAUUAAUGGAUUGUAAAGACAUUCCAAAUUUCUACACCAGAACGCAACCAUCCGUGAAAGACGUUUGCCCCUCUGGGAAUAACAAUGUGGAUCUAAAUGGGAAUCAUAAUUGUCUGGUGGUGACUCCUCCGCAGCCCUCUGAAAACACCGAGAGGUCAGAGAGCCAAAUGGAGAGCAAAGAGCAGUGCACCGGGCAGAGAAAAAGACCAGCCUGCCAUGAAUGUAGGCCUACGCCUUUAUGAAUGAUGAUGAAAAUUAUAGAUAAUCAUCAGUCAGGCUACUUUGUCUUUCUGCCUACUGUUUACCGUGCUGGCCUAUUCAGCUAUGUAAUUUGUAUCAGCCAGGCUCGACAUAACAUUGUAGGAGACUGUAGGCUUAGUUACCAGAUCGAUGGGUCCACUUAUCAGUUAUUCUAAAGAAAAGAGUUACAACAAUUAUUCUAAUAGUUUUCAGCAAUGUUUUAAGUUGGCAAUACCGGUAGCCUAUGACUACCUGCUAGUCAAGUUGUAAAGAUAGGACCUGAUAGGCAAAUCACUAUAGAUAGGGAAAUGUAAUGGCCUAAAUUGCCUUACUCAUAUUUUCGAGGAUAACAUUUUGACCUAAAUUCUGAAAAAAAUUGUCUUUCUCUUCCAGACCCCUCAUCCCAAAAUAAAAGGUCACACAGUAGUUCGAAUGAAGUUACUCCAUGCCCUGGCUUGACACAUUCUGUAGAACGCACACCCAGGAAAGCCAGUCCCAGGACUCAAACGUGA